AUGGCCAGUCUGGAUUCGAGUUUGCACUAUAAAAGACGGAAACACCUUGCGUAUCACACACCUGUUUAUUCGAAUAUAACGACUUUCUCCUUUGCAAAUGGUCCUACCGUUUUCAGCCCGCGCAGAAAAAUGAAUUCGAAUAAUCUGCACGCUAUUCGUGGGCCAGACGAAGAUGCGGUCAAAUCUGCGCAAGAAAGUGUGACAGAUGCCUCGAGGGAAGCACCGGGGUUUUAUCGUGAUAUGAGAGAAGCGUUCGUUCACGCAGGGAGAGCUAUUAUGUCAAUAGUCGGACGUUCUCGUGUUUCAAUCAACUCUUCCAGUGACAUAGAAUCUGAUAAUAACUCGGAAGAGGUCAAUCUGCCAGUACAAGAAAAUCAUAUCAAAAGAGAGUUUUCCGGUAGUGUGCUCGCUCCAAACAAGAAAAUCAAGGCUGUAGAUCGCACAGUUGUCUCUGUUGAUCAAACAGCACUAACUCCGUCGAAAUUGCAAGGUAUAAAGGACUUAGAAGAUAAGCUAAACAAUUCAAUCACUCCCGAAAAAAGAGACAACAUUUUCUUUUCCGCAACUAAGGAUCCUUUAAAUUGGAACUCCACUGGAUCCGGUCAGACUCGUACAACUACCGAUAAUAUGCCCUACGGGAGUGCUUUUAUUCGCAGAAAAAGCUCAAAAAAUGGUGGCAGCAACUCCAUGGGACAGAUCACUGCUAGAAAUUCGGUAGAAGAAAUUUCCUAUCUUCGGAUGGUUUACAACGGCCAGUAUAAGGCGCCUGAUCUAAUUGAAAGCCAUAAAAGUGAACAGCUUCUACUUCGUGAGCAGGAGUUAAAGCAGUACAACAAACCUGCAUCGCUGCCGUGGGCUAGUCUGACCGAAAAAGUCAAAGAAAUUUUGAGUAAAAGCUUAAAAACUUCCGAUAAUGAUGAUUUGAUCAUCGUAAAAGAGCGCUGGGUACCGCCGAAACGCAUAAAGAAUGAGCGCCCCGGUAGCGGCUACUUCAGAUUUGAUACCUCGCUGCUUACUUUUAAAGAGGAAUUCGAAAGCUAUAAAAAACUGAAAGAGGAAAGGGAAAGGAUCCAGCUUGAAGUCAGAGAGAAAAGAGAGAAGCUCAAGUCUCUUGUGCCCCGACUCAUGAAGGAAGACUUACAGAUGGUCAAAAAUACGUUGCACCGGUCUGACAACGGAAUUGUAAUGAAUAAAAACAACAUCGAGCUAAAAGUUCAUGACUUCAGGACUUUAGCACCAAGCAGGUGGCUUAACGACACUGUAAUAGAAUUUUUCAUGAAGCAUAUCGAGCUCACCACCGCGCGAUCAGUCGCCUUCAACUCCUAUUUUUACGUUUCGCUGUCGCGAAACGGCUAUCAAGGUGUCAGAAGGUGGAUGAAAAAGAAGAAAGCUGAUAUUCAAAGUCUUGACAAGGUGUUUGCUCCGAUCAAUCUCAACCAGUCUCACUGGGCACUCGGUGUCAUUGAUAUUAAAAGGCGUAAAAUCUUUUAUGUGGACUCCCUCUCGGGCGGGCCAACAACUAUGAGCUUCGCAAUUUUGAAGGACCUUCAGAAUUAUUUAAUUCAAGAAAGCAAGGAGGCUCUAGGCGGCGAUUUUGAGCUCGUCCACGAAGACUGUCCUCAGCAGCCCAAUGGGUUUGAUUGUGGUGUCUACGUAUGCACAAAUGCUUUGUAUCUGAGCAAGGAGGUACCAUUAACUUAUGAUUAUGAAGACGUUAAAAGAAUGCGACCUUAUAUUGGGCAUCUAAUACUUUCUGGCGACUAA